UAAUUAAAUUCUUUCGCACAGCACAAUUUUUUCUGGCGGACUCGCGGCAGUGUUUAAAAAUGCUCAUAGGCAUUAUAGUGCUGAAAACCGUCGCAAAGAUAAUGUAGUUGAACAGCUGUUCUUUAACGCAAGCGCUAUAGAUUACGUUAAUUAUUUACGUUACGUUGUACAGAAUUCUAAGUAUUUUUCGGUAUUCAAUCGAUGUUUUUCAAAAAUAUCGAUACAUCGAUAGUGCUUCCGAUGUCUUUCCACCUCUAAUCAAAAUAGGAAACAAAAACAAAUCAAAUGUGAAAUCUUAUCAAAAUAAGGCAAAAAUUACACAUAUAAGCUGGACAAUUUUCAACACAUCAAGACAGCCACGAGCAUCGAGGAAAUUGGCGCGAUGGAACCAUCAGCUUGUGAAGAUCUAAAGGCAUUCGAGCGGCGACUCACCGAAGUGGUUUCAUCCUACAGGCCAUCCACGCUCCGCUGGCGUCUUAUACUAUCCGCAUUAUCAGUGUGCACGGCAAUAAGCGCUUGGUAUUGGCUCAAAGAUCCUCGGACUACAGUUGUGCCAUUGACGGAAUCAUUAUGGAUACAUCCGAUCUUCACGGUGGCCACAGUCACGUUGAUUGUGCUCUUCAUACUGGGCAUUCAGAAGCUGGUGGUCGCGCCACAGAUAAUCACGUCGCGCACACGCACUGUGCUCACAGACUUUGCCCUCGAUCUGGAGCCACACACUGGCAAAUUGAUAUUGAAGCCCCGCCAAAGCAAUAACAACGGAAACACAUGAGAACCUUAUUGUUUGUGAGGCACCACAUUGAUCGAUCGAUUUAGUUAAUAAUUAACAUAACUUAACAAACAUUUAAAAGCCUUGCCCCCUAAUGACGAUGCAUACUUCCAAGACGAGAUGGCUUAUUCGCAUCGGAGAAAGAAAGAAAAAAAUAAGAAACCAAUUUAGUUUAAUUCAAUAAUAUACAAUUACAAUUAAAAUCUUAAGUACGUGUACCUUUCAUGAUUUGGUUAAAUUAUAUAGAAGCUCCUCCAUUGUACAAAA